AGCACCAAUACCAAACGUUAAAGUUUUAAAGAAUCCUCUUCUUUCAAGACGGGUUUUGGUAAACUUUCACCAGCCAGUCAGUAGUAGUCCAAAACAUCGAAGGAGGGCGCAGCCUUUUCGUCCUCUAACAGAUAUGGGAAGCACAGUGGGAAAUGCAGAGAAACUGGUUGAAAGAUGCAUGAAAGGGAACGACGCCUCCCACGAUGCAUCUCACGUUUGGAGGGUUAGAGACCUCGCCCUCUCUCUUGCUCGCGAGGAAGGCCUUUCUUCCCACCCCGACUCCAUGGAAAUCGUUGAGCUUGCUGCACUUCUCCAUGAUAUAGGUGACUACAAGUACUUGAGAGAUCCAUCUGAGGAGAAGAUUGUUGAGGACUUUCUUGAGGAAGAGGGUUUAGAGGAAAACAAGAAGACAAAAAUAUUAAGUAUCAUUAAAAAAAUGGGUUUCAAAGAUGAGCUUGCCGGGGUUGCAAGUGGUGAAUUUUCUCUAGAAUUUGGGGUGGUGCAAGAUGCUGACCGUCUUGAUGCAAUUGGUGCUAUUGGGAUUGCUCGAUGCUUUACUUUCGGUGGAAGUAGAAAUACACUGCUUCACGAUCCUGCCGUUCAGCCACGUUCAGAUUUCUCUAAAGACCAGUACAUGAAGAAAGAGGAGCAGACAACAGUGAACCAUUUUCAUGAGAAACUUCUCAAGCUAAAGGAUUUAAUGAAAACAAAGGCCGGUCAGAGGAGGGCUGAGAAAAGGCACAAAUUUAUGGAGGAGUUCUUGAAGGAAUUCUAUGAAGAAUGGGAUGGGAGAGCUUAAAUGCUGUGGAAAAAAUGCAGGAAACUUCCUUGCCAUUGCAGUAAAUUCCAUAGAAAAAUGUUUGUCUUAUAAGAAAGGUGGGUAAUGAGAGCUAAUUGAGGAAGGGAAGAAACUUUUAUUGGACACAGUUGCAAUUAAAGAAAUAUGAAAAAAAAUACAUUUUUAAUUUUUAUGCUUUGUUGGACGUUGUUGAGUAUAUAUCAAAUAUCA